AUGACCGAACUGAAGGUUCAUGUUCUUAUCCAAGCUCGUUACCGAAUUUUUGACGCAACAGGCGAACAUCCCUUUACUAUCGAUAUCGGACUCUGUCGCCGCUCACCAGACGAUACCGAUCCCAGGAGCUUGAUCAUCGAUGUUUCUGGCUCGGCUUUAGAUGUCCCUUAUGCUCUUGCUAAUGAGCUGCUGAUCUCACAUGGCGUCAACACACUUCAAAGAGACAAGGAGAGAUUGAAGCAUAUGAACUUAUGUUCUGCAGUCGAAGAAGGGAACCGCUACAUUACACUGCCUUCGCCAGUGGGCAGAACGAGACAUUACAAAGAUUGCUUUACAGUUUUCGAACAUCCUGUCGACAAAGGCAGUGAGCUUGCCUCUCUGUUUCUGCCAGGCAAGGAGUAUUGUAUCAAUCUUGCCAGCGAGGAUCUCGGUAUCAAAUGGUAUACCUACCUUGAUGAUCCUUCAGUUCCUAUCGAUGAAGAUCUACUAUCGAGACCUUCCGAGACCGCAAAGAUAGUCAACAGUAGACCUUCAGCCGGCCAUGCUGGCUUUAGAGUCGUAGAAUCUCUCCCUUGGCCACCAGAAGUCUCUACACGCCUACAUCUCGUCCAAGCAACGGAAACUGCACCAGCCUGCCUUCAAAUUAGCAUAACAAACAUGAGCACACAGUCUCUGAGUAUAGAACCACGUGGUCGUCCACAACUAUACCUCCAACCCAGAGAUCUGCUCGGCGAUCGCACAACUACUCGACCCCAUUUGCACCGUACCCUAACACCAGACUUACCACUCUCGUCCUUUGGUUUCUCGAUCACGAAUGCGACGACCAGAGAGGAAAUUGCAGACAACCUGCCCCGCCCAGGCUGCAUGGGUCUCACCCGAGGAAACCUAGACCCGCGGCCCAGUGCUAAAAACCUGCUUACCUUGGAGCCUGGGCAAGCGAUACUCAGAUAUGUGGAUAUUGGUACUGUACUUUGUAAAUACGGGGAUGGAGUGUUUACUAUACGAUUGAGGGAACAGUGUAAAUGGUGGUGUGUAGGUAACCUGGAAGAUAUUUGUGAGGAAGAGGAGGGAAGUUUUGGAAGGGUCAAGAGAGAGCUAUUUUGUAGGGAUAUACCACCUUUAGUGCUGAACUCGGAUGAUACUGUUAAGGUGAAGAAAGUUGAAGGAGAGAUAGUUAGGAAUUGA